AUGUGUGACAAGCCAGACCUCUCGGAGGUGGAGAAAUUCGACAAGAAGAAACUGAAAAAAACCAACACGGAGGAGAAGAACACGCUGCCCUCCAAAGAGACUAUUGAGCAGGAGAAGGAAUGUGUGAAGUCUUCCUAGAGUGAGAUGGCCUGGCAGGAAGAGCUACCACUUGAUUUUUUUU